AUACGUCACACGGAUCAUAAUAAGUCAUAUAUAGACGUUUAAAUGUAUUUAUCUUUAUAAUAAUCGGGUUUAUUGUGUGUUUUUCCACCGGUUGCUGCGGAGAUGAGACGCUGUGUUUUAUGUAUCUUCCGGGACCAGGCCAGCGGUUCGUUACUUUGAAGUGCACAGUUAAACCUUGAGCCCAGUCGGUUCAGAAAGAACCGGAGGAUCUAGAAAGUCCACCUGGGGAGGAAGCGCUGCUCUGCCGUAAUACACAGCCGCGUUAUAACGUUUGUCCAACACGAGAGGACAUUUACAGGACAUUACAGGACAUUAAAGGACAUUACUGGAGCCGGUUAUAAGCGCAGUUUUGUGCGUGUUGUUGGACUCCUUGACUGAGUGAGGAGCUGGUGGGGAACAUGGAUGGUGAGUUGGAGAAGCUGCUCCACAGACCUCCUCCUCUCAUGGCCGCUUUGAUGUGCUGCUGCUGAGCUUUGAAGUUGAGAAAUGCGGGCUAUGUUUCUUGUUUGUGGGCGAGAAAUACGAGUGAAGAGGAGCUGAGAAGCUCCCCCGCUGCUUUUAGAGAGUGAGGAGGAUUAAGGCUGGAGCUCAGUGGAGGCACGACGGCACUCUCACACGGCAGCCGGAGCUGGAGCCAUGAGCAGGGCGCUGACGGAGCACAUCAGCAGUAGCUUCCGAGAAGAUGCUCCUCGUCCUCCGGUACCGGGGGAGGAGGGAGAGGCGUCAUGCUACAACCCCAGCAGGUCUGCUGCCAAAAUGAGAGCCCAGUGUAAGGUUAGAGACAGCCCCGGCACCGGAGCCGCCGCAGCAGCAGCAGCAGCAGCAGCAGCAGCCGCCAUCGCCGCGCCUCCUCCUCCUCCCGGAUCCACGCCGCGGAGGAACGAGGAUGGACUCGGGGAGCCGGAGGGCAGCGCGUCCCCGGACUCGCCCCUAGUCCGGUGGACCAAGUCUCUGCAUUUCCUCCUGGGCGACCAAGACGGCGCUCACCUCUUCAGGACCUUCUUGGAGCGGGAGAACUGCGUGGACACUUUGGACUUUUGGUUCGCCUGCAACGGCUUCAGACAGAUGGACCUAAAGGAUACCAAAACGCUGCGAGUUGCCAAAGUUAUUUUCAAGCGGUACAUCGAGAACAACAGCAUCGUGGCCAAGCAGCUGAAACCCGCCACCAAGACCUUCAUAAGGGAUAGUAUUAAGAAGCAGCAGAUCGACUCUGCCAUGUUUGACCAGGCACAGACGGAGAUUCAGUCCAACAUGGAGGAGAACGCCUACCAGAUGUUUUUGACCUCUGACAUAUACCUCGAAUACGUGCGCACCGGCUGCGAGAACGCGGCGUACAUGAACCACGGCAGCCUCGGCAGCCUCAAGCUGAUGUGCGGAUACCUUCCUCCUCUAAUUGAGGAAGAGGAGUGGAGUUGUAACGACCUGAAGGCGAAAGCGUUGAGCUCUGUGGUUGGACUGUCUGCGAAGACCCUGAGGGCUACUGCUACCAUCCGGACAGCAGCUGAAGUGCUUGAGAAUAGUUGCAGGUCCCUACGUCGAGGAGACCCCGCCAGCCCGUAUUUUGUCAACUCCGGCUACAUUUUUGCCCCCGCCACCAGUGCCAACGACAGCGAGAUCUCCAGCGAUGCUACGACUGAUGAUUCCAUGUCCAUGACGGACAGUAGCGUAGAUGGAAUCCCUCCAUAUAAAGUGGGCACUAAGAAGCAGCUCCAGCGAGAGAUGCACCGCAGUGUCAAGAUCAAUGGCCAGAUAACGCUACCCCACUUUCCUAGGACGCACCGGCUGCCGAAGGAGAUGACCCCCGUGGAGCCCUCGGCCUUCGCCGCCCAGCUCAUCUCGCGGCUGGAGAAGCUGAAGCGAGAGCAGGACACCAUGAGCUCGUUGGAGGAGAGGCUGCAGCAGAUUCAGGAGGAGGAAGAACGGGAGGAGACAGGCGACCUGACAAACAGUGGCUGUCUCCACCACCCCCUGCUGCCGUCUGGGGAGGAAGACCCUCAGGCCAUCCUGGACGAGCACCUGUCCCGAGUCCUGAAGACACCUGGCUGCCAGUCUCCAGGUGUGAUCCGCCACUCGCCGCGCUCGCGUUCCCCGGACCGGACGGACGCCCUGGUGUCCUCCGGGGGCCACCACGGGCCCUUCUUCGGUGCUUAUCCCGGGGCCCCCAAGGUCCUGAUGACAGGCAGGCAGUCCACCAAGCACAUCCACCACCACUACAUCCACCACCACCACGCUGGGCCCAGGACCAAGGAGCAGAUCGAGGCCGAGGCGGCUCAGCGCGUGCAGUGCCUCUGCCCUCCAGGGGGCGCCAACUACUCCGACUUCACCCCUGCUCGCUGCAGCACUUUGUCCAGACGGCCCAUCAAGGCCUCCGAUGAGGGCGUGUCCUCGCCACGCCUUCCCCUCGACGCCACCGACCGCUCGCAGAAUGUUUGGCAGUGGAUCCUGGAGAGCGAGAGGCAGGGCAAGCACAAGCCACACAGCACUCAAGGCCUAAAGAAGUCCAACCCACUGGACGCCAAGACCCCGCCCGGCCGGACCCACUCCUCCUGGGGGGGAGGGGGUAUUGGUAGUGGGGCCCACCUCCGCGGGCACCACCCAGGACACCCCUUCAUCCAGGACCCCGCCAUGCCCCCCCUGCCCCCGCCCAACACCCUGGCCCAGCUGGAGGAGGCCUGCCGCAGACUGGAGGAGGUCUCCAAGCCCCCCAAACAAAGGCAUUCAACAGCAGCCAGCAGCCUUCAGAGAGACAGAAACAGCCCUGCAGCCAGCAACGCUCCCACACCAGACGAGUCCAAGGAGCUGGUGGUCACCUACUUCUUCUGUGGUGAGGAGAUUCCUUAUCGCAGCAUGAUGAAGACCCACUGCCUCACCCUGGGACACUUCAAGGAACAGCUCAGCAAGAAAGGCAACUACCGGUACUACUUCAAGAAAGCCAGUGAUGAGUUUGAGUGUGGUGCCGUGUUCGAGGAGGUGUGGGAGGACGCCACCGUGCUGCCCAUGUACGAGGGCAAAGUCCUGGGGAAGGUGGAGCGAAUGGACUAAAACCACUUAACCAACCAAC